CAAUAGACAUAUAAGGAUCGAGAAUAGCUUCCCCUGAACACUCGCAACAGUCCGUAAGCUUACCUGCGUAACGCUACACCAGCAACCGCUUCUUUACCAUGUCGCUCAACAAGCUCGGCAUCGACCAAGUUGACUUGAAAGGAAAAAGGGUUCUCAUGCGUGUGGACUUCAAUGUUCCCCAGGCAAAAGAUGGUUCUAUCACUAACAACCAAAGGAUUGUGGCAGCCAUCCCCACCAUUAAGUAUGCACUGGAUCAAGGAGCUAAAUCUGUGGUACUCAUGUCCCACCUGGGAAGGCCUGAUGGACAUGUGGAACCCAAGUAUACACUGAAACCUGUUGUCGAUGAGCUGAAGAAGUUGCUGGGCAGAGAUGUAACAUUUUUAGAUGAUUGCGUGGGCCGUGAAGUUGAGGCUGCUUGUGCCAAUCCUCCCGCUGGCUCUGUUUUUCUUUUGGAAAAUCUGAGAUUCCAUGUGGAAGAAGAAGGCAAGGGAGUUGAUGCAAAAGGCAACAAAAUCAAAGCUGACAAGGAAGCACUGGACAAAUUCCGGGCCUCCCUGUCAAAGCUUGGUGAUGUGUAUGUCAAUGAUGCUUUUGGCACAGCUCACAGAGCACACAGCUCUAUGGUGGGCUGCAACCUGCCGAAGAAAGCUUCAGGUUUUCUGAUGAAAAAAGAGUUGACAUAUUUUGCCAAGGCUCUUGAUAAACCAGAACGUCCUUUCCUGGCUAUUUUAGGCGGUGCAAAGGUGGCAGACAAGAUUCAGCUGAUUGAGAACUUGCUAGACAAAGUUAAUGAGAUGAUCAUUGCUGGUGGUAUGGCCUUUACCUUCCUCAAAGUCGUGCACAACAUGAAGAUUGGCUCCUCGCUGUUUGAUGAAGAAGGCUCAAAGAUCGUGCAGAAGCUGAUGGACAAAGCCGAACAGAAGAGUGUGAAGAUUCACUUGCCAACUGACUUUGUGACUGGUGACAAGUUUGCUGAAGACGCUAAAGUUGGCUCUGCAGACAUCAAAUCAGGGAUACCAGCUGGUUGCAUGGGCCUUGAUAUUGGACCCCAAACCAUUAAAGAAUUCACCGAUGUCAUUGCACUAGCAAGAACCAUUGUCUGGAAUGGACCACCAGGAGUGUUUGAAUGGAACAACUUUGCUGCUGGCACGAAGGCACUUAUGGAUGCUGUUGUGAAGGCCACCCAGACAGGAGCAAUCACCAUCAUUGGUGGUGGUGACACUGCAACUUGUGCUGCCAAGUAUAAUACUGAAGACAAAGUGAGUCAUGUCAGCACUGGAGGUGGAGCUAGCUUGGAGUUGCUAGAAGGUAAAAUUCUGCCAGGAGUAGCUGCUUUGUCUGAUGCAUAAACCUGGAGCAAUUGUGUGGUCAGCUGAUUUGGUCAUGUUUGUCUCUGUUUUUGUGCAAAGAUCGCAAGCUAAGAUCUUUGUUGGAUAUUAUGAACUCUUCUCCAUCAGCACUGUGUAUGCCCACCUUUUACCUGCUGUUAAGUUUUUGUCAGUAGUGAGAUAAGCUGGACAUGGAGAUGGAGGUUGUCAAUGUGUUUAUGUUUGUUUCUUCCUUGCAGUUGAAAUUAUAGACACACAGAAUUAUUACCAUUAUUGUGUAUAUUUUGUUUUUAGCUGAUCUUGUGCUUUUUGUAGGGAAAUAAUUCUUACCAGUAUAAACUGAAGUAAAAUAUCUCCAUUUCUACAACACAAAAA